AUGCCGUUCUCUGGCAAGGUUGCUAAGUCGCGCUUUUUCAAGGCAGCUCUCACUGAGCGCAUGUCUUCUUGGGAUCAGCACGAUCCCUCUAAGCGAGGUGUUCCUCCCGAGCGCCUCGUCAGACUAUACGAGGAAUGGGGGAAAGGUGAAUGGGGUAUAAUCGCAACAGGUAACGUCAUGGUCCAUCCGGAGCACCUUGAGGCUGCUGGAAAUGCCAUCCUGUAUGCGCCUCACGAGACUCCGGAAAGGAUCGAACAGUUCAGGAAGAUUGCCACCGCAGGAAAGGCACACGGAAGCCUGAUGGUCAUGCAGCUAUCGCAUGCCGGUCGGCAGGUACCACUAUUUGUAAACGCUCACCCUAUCAAGGAGAUUGUGAAUCAGUUCGCCUAUGCGGCCGAUAUCGCUCAUCGUACGGGAUUCGAUGGAGUUCAAAUGCACGGAGCGCACGGAUACCUUAUUGCCCAAUUCCUGUCAGCCGUGACCAACAAUCGGACUGAUGAGUAUGGAGGAUCGAGCCAGAAGCGUGCUCGGUUCCUAAAAGAGAUCGUGCUUGCUAUCCGCGAGAAGGUGCCAGAUCCAACAUUCAUGAUUGGUGUAAAAAUCAACAGCGCUGAGUUCCAGAGCGCUGGUAUCAAGCCCGCCGAUGCGGUAGAAUUAUGCCUUGAGCUAGAAGCCUUGAACCUCGAUUUCGUAGAGCUGAGCGGAGGCAACUACGAAAAAUGGAUUGCUUCGACCAAGACUACACGCCAAGAGAUAGUACAAAGCGCCUUUUCGGAAGCCAUUGUACCUCAUCUUACCAAGAUCAUCCCAUAUGUAACUGGAGGCUUCCGGUCUGCUGCUGGAAUGGCGGAUGCGGUCCGUGCUGGUAGUUGUGCAGGGAUUGGACUAGGGCGUCCAGCAACAUCCGACCCGUAUCUACCCAAAGAGAUCAUCUCGGGAGAAGUCUCCGGUGCUACCUUAAGUCGGUUGCCCCCUGGAGAUUUUUGGGCGCAGGGCGAGGCCUCUGGGAGUCAAGAAGAGUCCAUUGCCAGGGGGUUUCCCGUGUUUGAUCUCUCCGACCCAGAAGUCGCGGCGAAUUAUCUCAAGCGGACCACUGAGUUUCAUCAGCAAAUGGAGUUGGACUUUGAAAAAAGGGAUCCAAACGGCUCUGCCAACUUCAACGAAAUUCCCGAACGUCAUGUCAAUGAUAACACCGUAGCAUACGGGUCCAGUUCCAUCGACCUUGAAAAUGUUCCUCUUAACGGUGGCAUACUUGUGAAGACCCUGUACCUUUCAAUUGACCCUCACAUGCGUCUCUGGAUGGAGGAGUCUAAGGGUGCUUCCACAGGCCCCAGCUAUGAGCUCGGUAAACCGAUCUGGGGUAUUGGUAUGGCGUUAACACUACGAUCUGAGAAAGAUGGCAUCCAUCAAGGGGACGUUGUCUACGUGCAAAUUUAUCCGUUCCAGGAGUACAAUGUUUUGAGCGCAGAAACUCCUUUGCGAGUGAUCCGACCAGAGCCUGGAAUUCCACUCUCGGCAACACAUGAUAAACACAUGACAAAUCCCUUCACGCUUAGGCCAGACUGCAUUUUAUGGGCUGGAACUCAUGGAAGUCCUAAGUCUGGGGAAACAAUCUAUGUAUCUGCCGGUGCAGGGACAGUUGGAUCAAUCGUAUCCCAGCUAGCGAAAGCGAAGGGUUUGAAGGUUAUCGCAUCCGCAGGCUCAAAUGAAAAAGUCGAGGCUAUGAAACGGAUGGCUAAAGAAGGUCCCAUUGAUAUAUAUUGGGAUCAUAUUGGUGGCCCCCAGCUUGAGGCGGCUAUUGGCGCUUGUAACCUUUACGCCCGCAUCAUUGUAUGCGGGGCUUUGCUGGCUUUUAAUAAUGCUCCGCCACAUCAUGUCAAGAACCUCGCUGAGAUCCUGUACAAAAGGCUUCGGGUUCAGGGAUUCAUGUACUGGGAGGCUGAAUCUCAAAUCGAGGGGCACAACAAUAACCCAGUAAAAUUUAUUAGCACGAUGACACCACUGGUCAAAUCUGGAAAGAUAAAAUGGACAGAGCAAGUGUUCGAUGGGAUCGAUUCUGUCAAUCGGGCAGUUGCCACAGCUCUAACAAGUGGUAAUGCCGGAAAGGUGGUGGUCAAAGUUGCAGACCUCUAG